AGAAAUGCAAAGCCGCCGCCGCGCGCACCAGCCAGCCGCACACACGACUGUUCGCAGCGGAGACUCGGGCCGUGCUGCUGAGGGUUGUUUUGUCUGUGGCGCGCCUGAGUCGCAAUUAGUCGCGAUGACGAGUGACGAAAUCAAUUUGCAGCGGCCGACGGCGUUGGUACGACUCGAUUCCGCCCGCGGCCGCGGCAAGUGCAAUUAGGGGCGCGCGGCGGGGCUGCGCGGGGCCACGCAGGUGCAACCCUUGCUCGGCGCUGGGUAAACACACGGCCUUUCAAGUGCGAUUCGAAGCUGCGCUUGCUUCCUUGAGUGGUAUUAACGAGAGAGAGCAAGAUGCCACUCGCGACGAGAGAAAAUGUUGCCCCUGCUAAUAAGGUACUCCAAUACUGAAGCAGCCAUUUGUACGAGCGCCUGUGAGCUUGCCUGGUGCCUCUGCUCUUCUAUGAUGAGCCACCUGUAGCCUUGCACCACCGUGCACCCUGAACCCGCCCCCCUCCAACGCAGCAGUGAGCAGCGAGCACAAAAUUCGAUGCAUUUUUGGAUCGACAAGCGCAGCCAGGUGUGUUCUCUAAACCGCAACAGGUACGCACCAACUGCAAACAGACACCGUGGGGGUGGCUGGAGCGGCGCUGCUGGGGUGGCAGGCUGCAAAGUCGGCGGCCUCGUCAUGGUGACCCCGGUGCAUCGGUUCCAACCGAUCGAGAGUGUGCAGGCGGCCGGCGCUGGCCUCCGCCGCGCCCACCACCACCGGCCGCGACUGCACAACCACGGCCACCACAACAACCACCACCACCACCACCUGCAUCAGGCGUCGUCGCUCCUGCAGGCCUCCUCCUCGCACGCCAGCCCCAACCAUCAUGCCUCCAGCUCCAGAUUUUCAUCUGCAGAACCAAGUUUGGAAAUCACCGCGCAAGACAUGUCAGAGAACUCGGAGCUGGUGGGGUCGGCGCGCGGCGGGGGCGGCAUGUCCCUGCUGCCCCACGGCGCGGUGGGGCAGGGACUCGCGUCGCAGCAGCAAGUUCUGCUCCGGCUGCCGGCGCCACAGAGGGAGGUUUUCGCCUCGGGCAGACUCAAGUGUGGUCUGUGGGCCACCCUGGCCCUGAUCUCCUUCUCCGUGGCGGCCGCCAGGUUCUACUCGGACCAGAAAGUGAGGAUGAUAUUAAAUGAAAAAGGUUCUGGUCUAGAGAUACUCUACUUAAUGGUGUGCGCGCUUUUGGUCCUGCUUCUCUGCUGCGGCUGUGUUAUUUCGCUGUGCAGCGCCGGGCCGCCAAGGGGCUGCUUCAUUGCACGUACACCGCAAGGACCAAACAAUUCGCAAGACCUUGGUCCCCGAAGUGCCCUAAUUGAGGUGCCAGAGGAGGAGCCUGGCGGUGGCGGCGGUGUCGUCGAGAGUCAGCAGCCAGGAAUGUGCGUGCGCCACCAGUUGGAACAGUCGUUGCAAAUGUCCGAGCGGACAAUUUUCGAAGCACAACCGUCGGUGAUUGGCGGCGAACCACCGCCGUACCACAUCGCCAUUUGGCUGCCGCAGCCAGAGGCGACCGCCGAGGAUCCACCGCCGACCACCAUCCAAGAAAUACCUCCUCCCUCCUAUGACAAGGCGACCAGUUAAUCGCGGUAAUUGCUCGCAUUGCACCAUUGUGAUCACAUAAAUUCUUCCUGUUUCUCCCCUAUGCGCGGAUUGUGGUCCACCGAUGACACGAUGGUUAUUUCUGUAGAUCGGAAAAAUGGACGGAAUUAAAUACAAGAAGGUGAAAGCAUUGCUGGACAGUGGAGACGGCGAGUGCUUGAAAAGCUUUUCUAACAUAUCAAAAUUCAGUGGAGUACCAUAUAAUUAUGAUAAUAAGCUAAUUGCAAAAGUUUAUUGGUGUUUUACUGUUGGAUAUUGAGAAAGUGGACUAAAAGUUUGAUUGUCCAAAUCAUAAGCUGCGAUUGUGAUUUUUCAAAAUUUUCGGAAAACUCUCUUAGAGUUUGAAAAGCAAAGUGUUUUACGAAUUUUCAAUUUUUUGGAAAAAUAUUUUCCCAGAAAUGCAAAUUCCAGUGGUUUAAGAAGGGAGCGAACUGCGGAAAGCUAUAUUCUUUAAAGUUACAAUUCCCUCCAUCCAAAUUCAGAGACUUCUGCUGUACCUCUGACGCCCAUUUUGAAUAUUUUUAAGCUGAAUUUAGGUGUUCAAGCUGGUUAUCGCCAAAGUCAAAGAGUAAAAAAGGCCCACCUUAAAGAUCAAAAGAAAAUCUAUUAUACCCUGUACGAGCCAAAAAUGAGCAAGUUGAUUAAUUUAAUAAAAAUCCUUGGGAGGCAAAAAUAUGACAUCGAACCCCUCCAACAUACAUGAAUUGGAAUAAGUGAAACAUAGUGUUAAGUCUGUAAAAUGUAUGCUAAAAUUGAACAAACUUGCUGAUUUCCCCCAGAACCUACAAUUUCUAAUCUUGAAAAGGCUAUUUUUCUUAAAUUGCUAUUUUAUGGGACUGAUCGAAUUCCCAAAAGGGCAUACGAUUUGUCACUUUGCAUUUUAAUGUAGGAACGGCCCAGAUGUGCUAUUAUACACAUAUUUAUAUAGGUGGUAUAAGCACACAGUAUUUUAAUUUUUUCUUAUACAUCAGACAUUUUCUUGGUGAAACAAAGUAUAUGUAUUUCACCAUCUUAAAUACAAACACAAAAUAAAGAAUUAGAUUUUUUAAAGAUCAAAUUAUUACCUUUUAUAUCGUACAAUGCAUUCAACCAAUUUUCAUAAUGCAAAAGCUAAUACAUCCCUCUUUGUACCCUAUUAAACAUCGCAAACGUCAAGCCUAAUAAGCCGCUAAUUUAAGUUAUGUAUUCGUGUGGAGCAUCUCUAAGCGAACAAAAUUGAACGACCGUGUGAUUUUUACUGUCAAAAAUGGAAAUAACUAACCUUGUUACACACCCAACAGACAAUAAACCAACCGUUUGAAAUGCGUAAGCCAAAGGUAGAAUUUUUGACAAAAAUUAAACACGUUUUCUCUUCCCUCUUCAAACGCUUUGUUCUAUCACGUUGUUGUGAAAUAAUAAUAAUUAUUUCCAAUGUAAUUGACAUGGACAGAAAAUAAAAUAAAUCUUCUCAGCAUAA